UUUAUAAUCAAUAUUAUGGAUGCAGAUAUAUAAAAAGAACGAUUGAGACCUAUUCGUCGCCAUGGUUGUAGCGAUAUUUAGCUGUAUUAAGCAGUGAGUUGGAUAUAUACAGUUUUUGAUAUGAUAAUAUCAUUUGUGAUAGCAUUUUUGAUGGAUGAAGGAGUUAAGGUUUUGAAUAACAAAUUUAGGAUUUAGGAAUUUAUGUUAAUAGUCCUUACAAUUCUAACGAUGGGUAUCGUUUAUACUUGUUUAAGUGCUACCCUGAUAGAUCCUACUGAUAGUAUAGUAUUGAAGGAACAAAACUUUAAAUUGAAAGGGUGUAUAUAAUAAUUUUAAUUUUUUAGAUUAGAGUUCAAAACAGAUUUGAAGACUUAUUGUUUGGUGUGUUAAGCACAUGUGAUGGAAAAGUCCAAACACUGUUUUAGUUGUAAUAAGUAACAUAUUAAAUAAUAAGAUGUGUUGAAGUUUUUGAUCAUCAUUGUAUUUGGUUAAAUAAUUGUAUAGGUAGAAAGAACUACAAUUACUUUUUUAUCUUGGUGAUUCUACUUGUCAUAUUUAAAUGCUUGAGGAUUAUUUAAGACAUCAUCCUCUUACUGAAAUAUGCUUUCUAAAUUCUUGCUCUAAUAAGUAUUAUUCUUGAUCCUCCAAUCCUAUUUGUUCUUUCUUAUUUAUUAGGAAUGCACCUUUUCUUUAAGUAAAUACAAAUUAAUCUAAUUAAGGUAUAAAGGUAUUUCUACUUAUGAUUGGAUUAAGAUGAAAAAAGAUAAAGAAAAAUUGAAAGUAUAAUCAUAGUAAUAACAACCAAAAAUGAAUGAAAGUGCUGGAUAUGGAUAAUUGUUAUCAACCUCAAAACGUUUCGAUUUAAAGUCUUCAUUAUCAAAUAAAACUGAUAAUAAGGUUCCUUAAUAAAACUUCUUCCCAAAACCUUUAUUUCUAUAGACACCAAAGAAUCAGAAUUUUUCAAAUCCAUAAGUUACUCAAUUACAAAGCAUUUUUACAAAUAAACCUACUUCUCCUAAUAAUGAAAAAUUAAGAAAAGAGUAUGAAGAAGUUGAUGGAAGAUAAAUAUUUAAUAAAGUAAUUGCAGAAGAUAGUGAACCUCAAUAAAACAGUGAUUCAAGAGAUGAAGAAAAUUAAAAUGAUAAUGAUCAUGAUCAUGAAAUUGAUAAUGAUAAUGAUAUUGAAAAUUAAAAUGAAAAAGAAAAUGAAAAAUCUGAAAAAGAAUAAAAUUGA